GCCAGCUACUCUUUGUGUAGAAUCGCUUGUGUCAGUUUUUUUUUCAACCUGCGUUUUAACAUACAUUUCUGUUGCUUACGCUGGCGACAAAAAGUAAAGUUGAUUAAACAAAUAAAAAAAAAAUAAUAAUAAAUGUGUGAAUCAAAAACACAUUUCUAUUUCGUGGCUUUAUUUUCUUGUUACAUACACGAGUCCUUGUACAUAUGUGGUGUAGGCUAUGUUUGUGUACAUACGUGUUGUAAAGUUUAAGUACAAAUUUCCAAUAACAGGAGUGUAUCACAUACAGAAAAACAAUAGUUUUAAGAUGCAUAGGCCCCUUUAUUAAAUAAAGCUUUUUAUGGAGUCCUCCGAAGACCGAAGUAAAAACACAGUUAACACAAUCAAUAAAUUAUUUUCAUCCUCCAGGUCGUGGACCAAAUAAUGAAAAGCGCUUGAGGGAAAACAGAAAACAGUGCAAUAAAGGCUACGAUCAACGUUCAAAGAACCGGUGGGAAGUCCCAGUUACAUGACACAGAAGCCCAUGCCAUUGGACAAACAUACCAAGUAGUGAAAAAUCUUCAAAAUGCAGAAAGCCACUUAUUAUGAUAACGCUGGACUUUUUGGAGGCUACUCAUACUCAAAGUCUGACUCAUAUGCGUAUGGGCCCGCCCAUCAGUCCUACCCCACCUCCAGCAUAGAAAAUGACUAUCAGGGUCCCAUCUGUUCAGUACAAUCUACAACGGUUCGGCCGCCGGUGCACAAAAACAGCGACAUCAAUGGCAGCUGUAUGCGACCAAAUGGUAGCCAAGGCAGCCAACCAGAGAGUGUUGGUGACCAACAACAAGCGUCUCCUUUAGCACCCACCUCACCCAACUCAAGCAGCACCACCACCCAGAAAAAGAAAUCUCCCAACAACAAUGGCUCCAACACUGCCACCCCAGUCAUCACCAAGCAAAUAUUCCCAUGGAUGAAGGAGACGCGUCAGAAUUCAAAGCAGAAAAGUACCAACUGCACAACUCCAGGAGAGACCUGCGAUGACAAAAGUCCACCUGGUCCGGCCUCCAAGCGGGUGCGCACUGCUUACACCAGCGCCCAGCUCGUGGAGCUCGAGAAAGAAUUCCACUUUAAUCGUUAUUUAUGCCGACCACGAAGAGUCGAGAUGGCCAAUCUGCUCAAUCUCACCGAGCGCCAAAUAAAGAUCUGGUUUCAAAACAGGAGAAUGAAGUACAAAAAGGAUCAGAAAUCCAAGGGAAUAAUGCACUCUCCCUUAGGACACUCUCCGGACAGAAGCCCGCCGCUAAGUGGGCCCAAUCACGUUGGAUAUUCUGGUCAGCUUCCAAAUGUAAACAGCCUGAACUAUGAUGCCCCGUCUCCUCCGUCAUUCGCCAAACCUCAGCAAAAUAUGUACGGCUUGGCUGCGUAUACGGCGCCGUUGGGCGGCUGUAUACCGCAGCAAAAAAGGUACCCGGGUGCAGAGUAUGAGCACCACGGCAUGCAAGGGAACGGAAGCUUUGCCAAUGCUAAUUUGCAAGGCAGUCCUGUGUAUGUUGGGGGAAAUUUUGUUGAUUCGAUGCCAGCUUCGGGCCCUAUGUUCAACCUCGGUCACCUUCCUCAUCCUUCAUCCGCCAGUGUGGACUACAGUUGUGCCGCUCAGAUUCCGGGCAAUCACCAUCAUGGACCGUGUGACCCUCACCCCACAUACACAGACCUCAGCUCUCACCACACUUCUCAGGGAAGGCUGCAGGAAGCGCCGAAACUUACUCAUUUGUAAGGAUCUCACGUGCGUGUGCCCAGGCGAAGUGUCGCUUUUUAUUACCUCAUGAGUUAAAAGUAAUUUAUAUAACUACACUUCGAGAGAGACACAAUGUAUUACUCCUGUAUUAUUAUAGAUAGUACUAUUACUGCUAUGACUGUAACAAUUUUUUAAGCUGUGGUCCAUAUCUCUUGACUGUUGAAGAUGCUUUGUUGUCAGUCGUUCAGAUCUUGAAAGAGCAGUGCGUGAUAUGAACGAAAUUUCAUAUCUUAUUACUUGAAGGUAAGUUCUGUAGAUUUUAAAAUAUUAGGGUCCCAUCUUUAUAGGGAUGGAAUUUGUAGGUAAAAUAUCAUUGCCAUUGUUAAGUCGUCUGUUAGUCAUUGGUACCACACAGUUCACACUAAAAAUGUCAUUAUUUAUUAUUUUCAUCUAAGAUGUUAUAGCAGACAUUUAUCACUAUUGUAUAUUUAUUAUUUAAGACUUUUGUAACACAUAUUAUUUAUCUUUUCAUGUGGAUUAUUUAUAUGGAUUAUAGUAAAAGUUAUGCAACCUAAUUGGGGAGACUGCGUGCGGCAUUAUCAACACAAACAAAACGAUAAGAUGUGACUGGCGUAUUUGUUUUUUCUUUUUCUUUUUCUUUUUUUUUUUUUUUUUUUAACUUUUUUUGUUUGUUUGUUUGUUUUGUUUUGUUUUGUUUUGUUUUGUUUUUUGCUGCAGCAACUCGAAAACGGACGGAUUUAUGUGUUGUUUUUUUUCCAAACGAAAACCUGGCACAUUGUUUUUUAUUCUCACAUUUUUGCCCUAAUCACCCAUAACACAUUUUAUUUCGUGAGUGAACAGUCCACGCGCAAACUGACAAAAUGGUAACGAUAUGGAAAUGUUAUAUUUUAUUGUGUUAUAGAUUUUGUAAAUAAAGUGCUUAAACUGAAUGAGUGAAAUCAUAUUUGUGUAAUCAUACAUUUAUUUUAUUCAACAUAUAAUAAGAUGGACUUACAAAACUGUACGUCGAGUGGACCUAAUGUUGAUAUUAUCUCAUUCCCACCCAGGAUAUCUCAUAAUGUAUAAGACCAAGACGCCAUUUUGAAAUGAUAUCGACAGUAAACAAAGAAGGCAGGGCUAUAUCCAUGCGCACACAACGCGCAUCCUUGGUCGCCAUUCAGAAGUAAUAAUAUAGCCUAAAGAGCAUAAAAAUAUUAAAUGUAUUUAUGCGAAUAGUCUAUUUUACGAUAAUAUCAAUUUGAACAUGGAAAACGCAUUAAUUACGUAUUAAUCACGAAAUAUAUUUAAUGGUUAGUAGGUACUGAAGUAGUGCAAUUACAAGCCAUUUAGAUGACCAGAUUAAGGUUACCGCUUAUUUACGCAUUAGGUUCUUUAAAAAUAACAAAAAUAAUUGUUUAUUUUCGCGAUAUUUACACAUCAAUUGGGCUACUGCAGAAUACAGUUUUGUAAACACGUCUCAAUAUGGAAUCAAAUACCCUACCACAAUUCAAAUAAAUAAAGCUAUUCAACUAAAUAUUAUGUCUCUUAAAUAUCAUCCAACAAGUACUUCUACGUUCGUAUUUAUUUAAAUCCACCUUAUAACUUGACGAUGAAUAGCAUUGAGAAUUUAAGCAUUUCUACACAUUGCUAGUUUUAUAGGCAUGGCAAUCCUUCCCUGACUGAAUGUCUCUCUCACCCUCCUCCCCCCUAGCGAGGCAUUUCAAAGCUCAUUAAUCAAAAACUCGCCGCUUUCAGCCUCGCCACUGAUUCCACCUCCUUAUGAACAAAGCUUUUGCAUUCCCAACUCUAGAAACACAUUUCAAACUGCGAGAGGCCAAACUUUGUUCCAAGAAAAGGAGUGUGACAGCAUGCUUGCGGUGCAAUCAGGGCACGGAUAAGAGAAGGCUGGAGAUGUUAAAGCUACAUAGUGGAGAUGAGACGCUCACUGGUUUACUCUGAAGAGGGGAUGUUCUUGCGGCUUAACUACAGCAACAGCUCGCACCAGUUUCACUACCGGACAGGUGACUGAACUGGAGAAAGAGUUUCACUUUAAUAAGUACAUCGGAAGGCACAGAAGAGCCGAGAUGGCGAGCGCGCUGCAUCUGAGCGAGUCGCAAGUGAAGAUCUGGUUCCAGAACAGAAGAAUGAAGCAGAAGAAGCGGGAGAAGGAGGAGGGCCUUGUCCCGAUUACGCGCUCUACAGAACUGCACUCUUCCUCCACAGGCUCCCAGCCUGCUCACCUCCCCUGCUACUCGUGCUAUCAUAAAAGUGCCUCUACGCGAAAACUCACAUAGCCUGGGUAUCUGUGGCAAAUACCCAAAGGUGCUCAGAUGAUUGUUUGCACUAUUUAUAAGUAAACUGACUAAUAAUAAUAAUAAUAAUAAUAAUAAUAAUAAUAAUAAUGAUGAUGAUGAUGAUGAUCAUCAUCAUCAUCAUAAUAUAUAUUUUUACGUUGUAUUAGCAAUCUCUCAAAAGCGGGACCUUAUUGCUAAUUUGCCAAAUAUGUCAAAUGUAAAUUUCAGUGCCUUUAAAAGCCUACAUUGUCUAAUUCUCAAUUUUUUCUAAGGACCAUGAAUAUGUAUUUUAGUUAUAAGUUCUUAUAUAACUAUAACUGUGUCUUAAGAAAAGAUUGUCUAUGUUUAGAUUAUUAACAUGCAAUGUA